CGAUCCAUGGCUCCAAAUCGAAUCCAAAGAAACUAGUAGAAGUAAUGCGGGCGAGGGAUUUGCACCCGCUGUGCUGCCUCCCCGCCGCCGACGGAGGACCCCCUCCGCCUCCCCUUGCUCAUGCACCGCCGGCCGUGGCUGGGCUGCUCUACAAGUGGACCAACAUCGGCAAGGGCUGGCGCCCGCGCUGGUUCGCCAUCCGCGGUGCCGUCCUCGCCUACUCCAAGAUUCCACGCCGCUCCACGUCGCCCCCCUCCUCCGCCACUUCCUCCACAGCCACCCGGAUCAUUGGGCACGCCCGAUACGGCCACGACAGCCCCGUCGGCCUCGUGCACCUCAAGAUCUCCUCGUUCCGUGAAAGCAAGUCAGAUGACAGGCGGUUCUACCUAAUUACUCCAGCCAAGACGCUGCAGCUGAGAACAGACUCUGCUAAUGAACGAGCGGCUUGGAUUGAAGCCCUUGUUUCUGCUCGAGCUGAAUCUUCUCCUGAUGGGGGUUUAUUGACUAACCAGAAUGAUGCAUCAUUUUCUACGGAGAGGCUUAGAAAUCGCAUGCACGAGGAAGGCCUUGGUGAGGAAAUAAUUAAAGACUGUGAACAGAUUGUCCAUUCAGAAUUCUCACAGUAUCACACACAGAUGAAACAACGCUGUGAAGAAUAUGUAAGCUUUCUCAGCAGGCUUCCACAGCAGUUUGAGGUACUUAGCGCAGAUGAUAAUGCUAAUAUGAUUGAGCUCCACUCGCACUUGAUGAAACCUGACUAUUGCAGCUCUGGACAGGGAAAAUGUAGUGAAUCUUCUGAUGAUGUUGGGCAACAGGAGUUGGAUGAACUUUUGGAUGACGAUGACUAUCAAUUUUAUGAUACAAGGCAGAGUUUCAGUGAUUCAGCAGGACUUUCUUGCUUGAACAUGAAAUGUUCAAAUUCUGGCAAGGAUACCUUUCUUUAUGGUGAUAAAUUUGUGAAACCAAAAGCUGGUACAGGUGACAGUGAGUGCCUGCCACCGUUUUUCAAGCGUCGCACGAAGUUGCCUGAUCCAGUUGAGAAGGAAAAAAGUGUUAGUCUUUGGUCAAUGAUCAAGGAUAAUGUCGGAAGAGAUCUUACACAAGUAUGUCUUCCAGUUUACUUUAACGAACCAUUAUCAUCUCUUCAAAAAUGCUUUGAGGACUUGGAGUAUUCUUAUUUGUUGGAUCGUGCAUAUGAAUGUGGCCUAAAGGUUAGUCAUCAUCCAAUGGUCAUGGCUUGUCAUUGUGAAGGAAAAGGGUGGAAAUUUUGGGGAGACAGCAAUGUAAAGAGCAAGUUCUGGGGGCAAACAAUCCAGCUGGAUCCUGUUGGUGUGUUAUCUGUAGAAUUUGAUGAUGGAGAAAUUUUCCAAUGGAGUAAGGUUACAACAACAAUUAAUAACGUUAUCAUUGGUCAAAUUUAUUGUAAUCACUAUGGAACGAUGAGUAUAACUGGGAACAGGGGAUAUUCAUGCAAGCUGAUUUUCAAACGGCAAUCUUUCGUUGAGCGCAACCCUCGGCAGGUUGAAGGAUUGGUUAAGGACGGUGAUGGUUCGACGGUGGCAAGCCUAAUGGGAAAGUGGGAUGAGAGGAUGUACUGCAGCGCAUCAGGGCAGAAUGUGAUUCUGUUGUGGGAGAAAAAUGAAGCUUCGACUAAUCCCACUCGCUAUAACCUCUCAUCGUUCGCAAUAACUCUGAACGAGUUGACUCCAGAACUCAAGGAGAGCCUUCCACCAACGGAUUCAAGACUCAGACCAGAUCAGCGACAUGUAGAGAACGGGGAGUAUAGUAAGGCCAAUGCUGAGAAGCUGCGACUGGAGAGGAGGCAACGGAUGUCACGGAAGAUGCAGGACAAUGGUUGGAAACCAAGAUGGUUCCGAAGGGAUGAUGACACAUUCCGCUAUGUGGGAGGUUACUGGGAGGCACGACAGCAGCGGAAAUGGGACGGAUGUCAUGAUAUAUUUGGUGAAUUCGUGUGACUCAACAGUGAGGCUGCUCGGACCUUUUAUAUAUAUAUAUAUAUAAUAAUAAUAAUGAUAAUGAUAAUAAUAAUCUCUGGUCUCCCAUGAUAAUAUUAAUAUGUAUGUGCAGUGUGACUGAACAGUGAACACAU